AUGGCGACAGCAGCACCUUCACCCCUGGCCAGCUCAAGAGAGAAGACAAAUGGAAACAAGCUGAUCAGACUGCUUAUUGAUGGUGGAACGACGGUGUUGAGGAAUAUUUUCGAUGGUAUUCACCCUCCUGCUAACUUAACUUCUGAUCUCAAUUCCAAUUACUCUAUUCUUAGUACCCUUUUGCGUAAAAGAGUUCUAAAUGGCCAGCAGUGGGACAAACUCUUCCCUUCUGGUGGAGGGCUACCAGACUCCAACACGUUUGACAUCACUCUUCUGUUCCUUCUACUAACCAACAUUUGUGGUUUAUCCCCUCCCCUGACAGGAUGGCACACCAAGCCAUCCCCUGGUGACAACUCUCUUGAGGCUAACCUUGCUCGCGUUAAGUUCUUUCGGAAUGAGUUGUAUGGUCACGUGCCGUCUACAGGGGUUGAUGAGACAUCUUUCUCUAUAUUUUGGCAAGAAAUAAGCACCACUCUUUAUUCGCUCGGUUUAGAUCAAGCUGAGAUUGACAGACUGAAGGCAGAGCAUGGAGGAGAGGAAGAUUACCUUGAUGCCUUAAUUGAGUGGGCUGACAGUGAAGAGGACAUAAAAACACAGCUGAAGGAUAUCCACCAGACGCAACUUUAA